AUGAAGCAGAAGGAGUUGACUUUACUGCUCUGCCUCACAUGGGCACUAACAGUCCUUUAUGGUGAAAUGUUCGCUUACUGGCUUCCAUCUCUCUUCACCUGUUCUUGGCCCCAUUUGAAGAUUCAAACAAAGAAUGAUGGCUACCAAAAUGAUUAUGUAAAAGUUGCUGUUAUUGCAGAUCCACAGCUCAUGGAUAAAACUUCUCUCCGUCUUCCUGAGAAAUCUCUUGCACUAGAGCUUGUUAAAUUCUACACCGAUUUAAACAUGAGGAGAUCAUUCUUUUCAUCUAUCCUUCGUUUCAAACCUGAUGUCAUAUUGUUUUUAGGCGAUUACUUUGAUGGAGGUCCUUAUUUAUCUGAUGAAGAAUGGGAGGAGUCUCUCAACCGCUUUAAACAUAUAUUUGGUUUGAAUGCACAAGGAAAAUACGAAGACAAGCAAGUUUACUUCAUUUCUGGAAACCAUGAUAUUGGUUAUGAAAGUCUUCAUUAUGCAAAGCCAAAGGUUAUCGGCCGCUAUGAAGAAACAUUUGGGAUUAGAAACUACAAAUUUACAGUUGGAGAAGUGGAUUUUAUUGCAGUUGAUGCGCAAACCCUUGAUGGACACCCACAAAAGCAUCUGACUUCUCAAGUUUGGGAGUUUGUAAAGAAUAUCUCUGUAGAUGAUGUAAUUCGUCCAAGAGUCUUAUUAACACACAUUCCCUUAUAUCGACCGUAUGAUACUUACUGUGGCCCUGAUCGUAGUUCCCCAAUUAUCAACCAGAGGAUAAAGCGUGCUGUAUAUGAUAAAAGUAAUGAUAUAAUAUAUCAGAAUUAUGUUUUUGAGAAGUCAUCGAAGUAUUUACUCGAUAAUAUCAAACCUAAGCUUAUUUUAUCUGGCCAUGAUCACGAUCAAUGCACCGUCACUCAUCAAUCUAAAUCCGGGCCUGUAAAGGAGCACACUCUAGGUACUAUAAGUUGGCAACAAGGAAAUUGGUAUCCUUCUUUCAUGCUCUUAUCAGUCGAUAACUCCACUCUUCGAAAUACUUCCAUUCCCGCAGAGCCUUUGUUGACUCAUCUAUGUUACCUUCCAAAGCAGUUACACAUUUAUAUGUGGUAUAUUGUGCUAUUUGGUUUUACCCUUCUUGCCCUCCUAUUUUGGCCAACAAGCAGCACAAGUUUCUGGCAUCAGUGUUGGAACUUGGCGGGCCGUUUUAAACAACUUAUAGCUUCUAUCGUAUCGAGAAAUGAAACAAAAGAGAAAGACGAGGAUGCCAACUAUGAAUAUGAGAUGAUGUGGGAUGCAGAAGGGUCAAUGCAUCUUAUAAAGAAACCUUUGAAGGCAUCCACUUCAAAUUCAAAUGAAAGAAGCUUAGGAGAAAGGGGUAAUGUUGUAAUGCGGCCAACUGCUAGAAAAAAUACCGGUCAAGAAGCAGAUUUCUCGAUGAAUAUGGAUAUGGCUUCAAGCACCGGGCUUGAUCCUCUAGCAAGAAUACCUCCCAGAACAGGCAAAUCAAAGACAACAAUUAUAAUCCAAAGAUUACUACGCACACUGCGAAUGCUGACCAUUAUUGCAGCAGUCAACGUUCCUCUUUACAUGAUGUUGCUAUUCAAGGAUUGGAUUGACAAGUAA